AUGGGCGCGGCCAACAGCGUCUGUAAGCUCACGGUCGACAGCAUCGCGCUGCUCGAGCAGCUCGAGCCCAACAGGGCCGAAGGGGCGGCCAAGCGCGCCGUGCGGCUCCGCGUGCAGGCGCUGCUCCAGCAGCAGUGGCCCACGUGCUGCGUGUUGCCUUUUGGAUCGUCCGAAAGCAAUCUCGGCUUUGGCGGAUGCGACGUCGACCUGGGGAUCUUUUUCCACGACGUCCGCGUCGACGCGCUCGGUGCGCUGCCGGCAGAGAAGCGCGUCGAGCUACUGACGACCGCGUGCGAGCGUCUGUCGCGCACGUUCCAAGUGCGGGCGUUUGUCCGCCGCGCGCGUGUACCGGUACUAAAGCUAUGGGACCCCCAGCGAGAGGUGGCGUGUGACGUGUGUGUGGGAAGCGGUAGCGCUCUGCUGAACACGGCGCUGCUCCGAUACUAUGGACGAGUGGAUCCCCGUGUGCGGCCGCUGGUGUUUGCCGUCAAGUACUGGGCCAAGCAACGAGGAAUCAACGACGCGGGCAAUGGCACGCUGAGCUCUUACGGUUAUACGCUAUUGCUUAUCUUCUACUUGCAGUCACAGUGCGCUCAUAUCCAGCUGCCAGCCGUGCACGCUGAUUUCCAGGACCUGCAGUCGCAGACCAACAUCUGUGGGCUGCUCAAACAGCUGCACUCGGUCUCUACGGUGGACUUUCCGUCCACCUUUGGGACGUCCGCGGUGAACUCAGUUGGAGCGUUACUUGCAGGUUUUUUCGACUUUUACGCACAUCGCUUUAACUUCGAGCACGACGUGGUGAGCAUUCGCACGGGAAGUGCCUUGUCGAAGACGACCAAGUGGAGCCACCCGGUAUCUUGGCGAAUGAGCAUUGAAGAUCCCUUCGAGUUGGCGCAUGACGUGGGACGCGUUGUGUUCCACCGGAAGGGACAUGAUCUGAUUCGGUCGGAGUUUGCACGCGCGAGUGAUCUCUUGAGCGCAGAUCGUCGUCUCGGGGACAUUUGCGUAUCCGACGAAACUUCGUGGGACCUCACGGCAACGUGCUACAUUUGCUACAGCAGGAGCCAUCCUGCGCGGAGCUGCGACCAAUGUGCACGUCAGCAUUCAGCAGCUGGUAGCGGCUGCAACAUGGUCUCACGCUUCUCGGACUGCUGGUAUUGCGGACAGCUAGGUCACUACAAAGCAGAGUGCCCAAUGCUCUUCUACCGCGACAUCCCAUGUCCUGUCGACGCAGCUAAAUCGAUCGUUGAGACCACCUCUGAUCCGAGUCCGCCAACGUCUCUACCCGUUCCGAUUCCAGUGUCUCCAGCUUCAACGACGGUGUCAUUCCUCGUUUGCAAAGAGCGCCCCUGGGAGCGCGGCAUGAGUCCGAGCAACUUGCUGAUGCUUCGUCUAUCUCGGAAGAAGAAGCGUGCACGUUACAGCUCUUCGUUGUCGACUAUAUCUUCUACGCAGACAUCGCCAUGGAUCUGGUCAUCGGGUGGUCUACCGCACGCAGAAAAGCGGCAAGAGCAGCAGAAACAAGAGCAUUACCGUCGUGAUCUUGCGCUUCUAGCGCGUAAGUUCGAUGGCAGCAACGCUUGCUGCGGCACGCUGGAGGUUGGCAAGGUGCUCUGCUAUUCGUAA